AUGACGCCACUUCGUUCGUUCGCAUUUCUUGCGUUUCUGAUGGUGUUCUCGUCGACGGGUACCACUCGCGCGGCGAUGGAGGAGACUACUAAUCUCAUCAACGACCCGUUCCAGUCGACUUCUUGUCUAGACGCGCAAAUGUAUUGCGAACAAACAAUCACACCGGCCAUCGAGCAAGACGGCACUUUGACGCAAUUUUUACGCGACGAGAGGAAAGAAGCAAAGCGAACGGAAUCGUGGGAAUCGAUCGUUCCCGAGGAGCGAAUGAAGCAGAUGAAAGUGCCGGAGACUUUAGCGCUCGGAUGUUGCCUACUUUUCGGCGAGUGCGCUUUGGAAUCCGGCGAGCGGAACGAGAACCGAAAGCUCGGCGCGCGCGUGCUCGAAGAAGCGGCGAAAUCGAAGGAAAAAUCUGAGCAGGUGCCGGAAAUUACGUUUUUGACGGCGAAUGCGCACGUGUGCGCUGGGAGGACGAAGUAUCCGUGCGAUUCAGAGCGAGUAAAGUUAUUUCGGAAGGCGAGUAGGAACGGGUUUCAUUCGGCGGCGUUGACCGCGGCGGAGAUUUUAAUCACGAGGUACGGCGGGGAGUACGCGGACAAGGAAGGAGCGUGUGGUAGUAAGUCUGCGACGACGGGAGAAAUGACGUUUCCGGAAGCGAACGAUCCUGCCGAUGCAGUCGUCGCGAAGAGUUUGUUGAAACCGUUACUGGCGACGAGUUUAGAUAAAAAAGCGAAAACGCGUUUGAAAGAGUUGGAGAAGAUCGAAGAGACGUUGAUUGGAGGAGGAAAGUUAGAGCCGGACGUGGCCAUGCAAAUGGCCGACGUGGUCGUAGAUAUAGGUUUAAAAAUUCUAAUAGGGGUGUGUGUGGUGUGUGUGGUGUUCAAAUUUCGGGAGACGCGGUUGGUGAGCGCGGCGUUUGCGUUUUUGUGCAAAAUCACCGGCGCGUCGGCGGUUCGUCGAUUUUAUAGAUUCCUUCGGGGCGAUUUCGAUGCGAGCGCAAGGGUGAACGCGGGGAGAGCCGGGAGCAGAGCGGAAAUGCGAGCCGAAGCGAAACGCAUGGCGAAAGAAUUGUACAAGAACGGGAAGAAGAAAGAGACGUGA